UGUUAGGUAAAUAAACCAUUACACACACAACACUUGACAAGGUUCACACAUACCCAUAUACCACUAUAUUAUGAGAAGAAGAAUGGCAUCAGUAGCUACAGACAUAACAUCUAAGAUAACACUAAAUGAUGGCGUAAGUAUGCCACUGUUUGGACUUGGUGUGUGGCGAGCAACGCCAGGACCGGGUGGACAGACAGAACAAGCCGUAGAGUUCGCAUUACAGAAGGGAUAUCGAAUGAUAGACACGGCUGAAAUGUACGAGAAUGAAGCCGAUGUCGGAAGAGAACUGAAGAAAUCCGGAUUAAACAGAGAAGAUGUGUUUAUUGUCACAAAGCUCAGUGAAAAUGGUUACGAUCGAUGCAAGAAAAUAUUCAAAGAAAGUUUGGAAAAGCUAGAUGUACCAUGUAUAGAUCUUUACCUAGUGCACUCACCAAAAAGUGGAAAAAUAAUCGAAACAUACAAAGCCAUGUUAGAACUGAAAGAACAAGGUCUUAUUAGAUCAGUAGGUGUAUCUAAUUUUGGUAUCCAACAUUUAGAGGGUAUAAAGUCUCAUGGACUUCCGGUACCAUCAGUUAAUCAGAUAGAACUGCAUCCAUGGCAACAGAAACCGGACAUAGUUAAAUACUGUAGAGACAAUAAUAUAGCAGUCAUGGGAUAUGCUCCUCUCGUUAAAGGACAAAGAUUUGAUGACGAAACACUUUGUGAGAUUGCAAAAAGAAACAACAAAUCCCCAGCACAAGUUCUUAUUAGAUGGAGUUUGCAACAUGGUUUCAUAACAAUUCCUAAAUCUGUUCAUUCUGAUAGAAUAGAAGAAAAUAUGCUUGUAUUUGAUUGGUCAUUAAAUGCUGAAGAUAUGACAAUAUUAGACGAUUCUCCCGACAAAUCCUGCAAACCAUGGAACCCCUGUGACGUACCUUGGACAGGAUGAUAUAUAUUUAAUUCUGUUUUAAGAACAAUUGUAUUUAUAUGAAAGAAAAUGAUAAAUAGAUAUUAAGCA